UUGACAGUUGGUUCCAGAGUUGCAAGAAGAGCAAGCCAAAAGAACCGCCCCCGCCGCUCUCUCGCCUUCCUCUCUGCGCUCGUUCCCUGUGUUUAGAGCCCUGAACCGAGACGAGUCUGGUGGGUUUUGAGCAGCGCCAUGUUUCACGCCUCGAGGCAGCCUCAGGAGGAGAACCCCGAGGAGCAGGGUAUGGAGAGCCUUCGGGACGGGUUCAAAAAAGAGAGGUUUUUGGAUGAUCGCCACGAUAGCGGCCUGGACUCCAUGAAGGAUGAGGAUUACGAGUUGAUGGUUAAGGAGCUGAAGGAGAUCCGGAUCCAGCCCCAGGAAGCGCAAGCCGGGCCACCCCAAGAGCCUUGGAAACAGCAGGUCACCGAGGACGGAGACUCAUUUCUCCAUCUGGCCAUCAUUCACGAAGAGAAGACUUUGACAUUGGAAGUCAUCCGACAAGUAGCAGGGGACUUGGCUUUCCUCAACUCUCAGAACAAUCUGCAACAGACUCCUCUUCACUUAGCAGUGAUCACCAACCAGCCAGAGAUUGCUGAGACACUGCUGAAAGCUGGCUGUGACCCAGAGCUCAGGGACUUUCAAGGGAACACACCGCUGCACCUUGCUUGUGAGCAGGGAUGCCUGGCUAGUGUAGGAGUACUUACCCAAUAUUGCCAAACCCAGGACCUCUUCUCUGUGCUACAAUCUACAAACUACAAUGGUCACACAUGCCUCCAUUUGGCUUCUAUCCAUGGCUAUUUAGCAAUAGUAGAACAUUUAGUGUCCUUGGGAGCUGAUGUCAAUGCUCAGGAGCCCUGUAAUGGCAGAACUGCCCUCCAUCUUGCUGUAGACCUGCAGAAUCCUGAACUGGUAUCACUCCUUUUGAAGUGUGGGGCCGAUGUGAACAAAGUUACCUACCAGGGUUACUCUCCAUAUCAACUGACUUGGGGCAGAGAGAACACUACUAUUCAGAAGCAGUUGGGGCAGCUGACUAUGGAAAAUCUGCAAAUGCUUCCAGAGAGUGAGGAUGAAGAGAGCUAUGACACAGAGUCAGAAUUUACAGAGGAUGAAUUGCUUUAUGAUGACUGUGUGAUUGGAGGCCAACGCCUAACAUUACGAACUGAGCAUGCCUGAAAAAGCAUAAGAUUCUAUUCUGUAUAUUUGUACAAAAAGAUAUUUUAUUUUUCUAAAAAAAGAUUUAAAACAAAAAAAAGGUCAAGCAUAACUAUGCAGAUUGAUAACAUUAUGAUUAUCAGAAAGGGUGUCUCACAUCCUGUCCUUGUGGGGAAUUCUUGGCAUGGAAUAAGGAAGAAGAUUGGAAAUUCAAAGAAAAUUUCCUAAGAGGCAUAUGAGAUUUCUGGAGACUUCAUCCAAUGGUUUGGGGUGCCCAAAAGAGUUGCACCUUCAUUACCAUUUUGCUGACUUGCUAACCAUGGAUUCUAAUGGCUGACUACAAAUCCUUUCUGUCAGAUGAACUGAAAGAAAAAUUUUGGAUUCUGUUAAAAAGAAUGGGCUUCUUAUCUUAUUUUGUCAGUGAUGAUUACACUUUCUUGUAAAUAAUGUAUAUUAUGUUUAUUUUGUUGGUAAUGUUUUGGUACUUUUAAGAUGUAUAUUUAUUAAACAAAUUUCUAUGUGCA